AUGCUGCACUAUACCGGUGGAAUUAUUGAUGGCGGCUGCACAGUGAAUGUAAACCAUGCUGUGGUAAUUGUCGGGUAUCAAGUUGACGUAGAACAGGACUUAGGGUAUUGAAUUGUAAGGAAUUCAUGGGGAACAAAUGUUGGUGUGAAUGGGUACUUUUAUAUAAAAAUGGAAGAUGGGGUAGGAGUGUGUGGAAUCCAGACAGUUGGAUUAUAUCCAAUAAUUUAA